AUGGUCUCUUUCUCAAGCCUCUUCGUGGCUGCCUGUGCUGCUGUCAGUGCCUUUGCGCUUCCCAGUGACUUGGAAAAGCGAGAGACCAUCACUACGAGCCAGCAAGGAACCAACAAUGGCUACUUCUAUUCUUUCUGGACCAACGGUGGUGGCAGUGUUUCCUACACCAACGGUGCAUCUGGUCAAUACAGCGUAAGCUGGACCAACUGCGGAUCUUUCACCUCUGGUAAGGGCUGGGCUACUGGCAGCGCACGCAACAUCAACUUUUCCGGCUCUUUCAAUCCCUCUGGAAAUGCCUACCUCGCUGUCUACGGGUGGACCACUGGUCCCCUCGUCGAGUAUUACAUCAUGGAAAGCUAUGGCGAAUACAACCCCGGCGGAAGCAUGACCUUCAAGGGAACCGUGACUAGCGAUGGAUCAGUCUAUGAUAUUUAUACCCACCAACAGGUGAACCAGCCUUCCAUCUCGGGAACUGCGACUUUCGAUCAGUAUUGGUCCAUUCGUCGCUCCAAGCGCAGCAGCGGAACAGUCACUACUGCCAACCACUUCAAUGCUUGGGCUUCUCAUGGAAUGAAUCUUGGAUCACACAACUACCAGAUUGUCAACACUGAGGGAUAUCAGAGCAGUGGAUCCUCGAGCAUCACCGUUUCAUAA